AUGGCAACCUCCUCCUCUCUUCGAGCUGCUUCGCCAAGAUGGUCGCUGAACGACCUGAGCCCUGAGCUCCUUGCUCUCGUCAUCGAACAUCUUCACGAUAUCGAUGCUAGAUCGGUAGCCGAAGCUCGAAUCCUUUGUGCGAGGCUAGAUGCUAUCGCGACUCCCAUUCUGUUCCGUGUUCUGCACUUGAACAAGAACAUCGUAUCGCCCGACGCCGAGUCACGCUACCCCGGGGUUUUUGCUAAUAUCGCCGCUCACACCCGCCACGUCGUCGUCGGCAUCUAUCUUGACCCCUCAGGUAUCAACAAGGUGUUGUACACGGCCCAAAAUCUGGUCUCUGUGCGCUAUGAUGCAGGGAGCCGCUUCGCUGUCUCCGAUUUACAAAAUCUCCAUAUCACGCCUCCCUCUCUCGAAUGGCGGUACAGCGACGCCGAGUUGGAGCACGGCAGACCCUGGCUCCCGUUUGAGCUUCUCGAUUUUUACCAUGAGCGCCUGCGGGGAAUCAAACUACAUGUCGAAAACCUGCCGCUCCGCGAGUUUGACCGUCAACAGCAGGAUACGUACGUCCGAGCCAUUCCGGCCCAUCUCCUCGUGACGUUGAAGAUGGCCAGUCCAGCGCCGCCUCUCAUUACAAACCUCCACUCUCUCAAGAGUCUUCUCCUGUUGGCAAGGCGUCUGGAGACUUUCCACUACGAAGGGAGGGGUCAGGGAACCAGCUUCAACUUUCGGCCGGGCGAGCGGCUGCCCCCCUUCAAGGAGCUCGCGUUGAGGUCUUACGACUGGAACCACUCGAAAGACGAGACGGCGAUGCAUUGGGACUUCUCUAAUAUCAGAUCCCUGGACCUGGAUCUCGUCCCCAUUUUCGAGUUCCUGUCCUCGAUCAACCCGCUAGAUCUGGCCAACCUGCUACGCCUACAUUGCGAGGACUAUAGCGCCCAUCUUCGGGUCGAUAAUCGUCAGGAAGCGACGAGAGGUCUCUACCUUCUCGUGAAGCAUUACAUACGGGCUCUUCACACUCUGAGCAUCACCUGCCACAUCCGCUCGUUUCCCAUCGACGCAAUCCUCGCUCAUUCCCCAUCCCUGCGCGCCCUCCGCUUUCGAGACCACGUGGGCUUUAGGGACGAGGACUACCGCUGCCCGACGCUCUCUCCUGUUGACGUCGCAUCUCUCGGUCGACGCCUCCCCUACGUGCACACUCUCGAGCUCGACAUGGACGCGGCCCUCUGCGAACCGUCGGCCUUCCUCCGUGCCGUCUGCACCUUCCGCAGCCUCCGCGACCUCACUCUCCACGUCCAGACCGUCAUCAACCCGCUCGAGGAUGUCGAGCCGGAAGCGGACCCCGACUACGACGCCGUCGUCCAGACGCUGUUCUUCCUCCACCACUGCAAGAAGCAAGCGGCCGAGGAGUGGGCUCGCGUCCCGACGCAGGCGAGAAAGGGCCUAUCGCCUGUAGCGCCCUGGUCCCGCAUCACCAUUACCGUGGGCGGCUGGCGCCGCGUCAUGGCGCGCCGUUUCAGCACCGCCUGGCGCGAGCAGAAUCAGAAGGGCAUCUUCGCGGAGCGCUGCUUCGUCGCGGAACGAUGCGAGGAGGGCAGACCCAUGAGGCUCAAGGAGCAGGGGCAUAUCGAAAUGCAAUCGGCGUCGUCAUCUCCAGAAGGGUCCAUCAGGAAUGUCGAUGACUAG